CCAAGUCACUCAUACUGCACAGACACAGUUAUUUCCAGCAAUUCCCAAGAUUCUAAGCCGAUAUUUUUAGUCUGCUAAGCCCAUCUCGACUGUUAUCAUGGCCCCUAAUAUCCUAAUCGGCACCGGCAGCUGGGACCACAAUUUUGGAAUCGACCAAGUCCGCGACCAGAUGGCGCAGCUGGAUAAGCUGAAUUGUCGCGAGAUAGACUCAGGCGCUCUCUACCCGUUUACUAAUCCGGGAAUGGCGGAGACUUUCCUCGGUGAGAUCGGAUACGAAGGCAUUAUUCUCGAUACCAAGGCCAUGUGGUUCGAUGGGGGCAACAAUACCCUUACGGUCAACGCGGUCCGGAAGUCCAUGGCCGAAAGUCUAGCACGCCUUAAAGCCGAGAAGGUUAACAUAUUCUACGCUCACGGUCCAGAUCACGCUACUCCGCUGAAGGAACAAGCCGCUGCGUUCGACGCCGUAUAUCGGGAGGGCAAAUGCGCGAAGACGGGCAUCUGCAACUUCUCCCCCGAAUCUUUCGCAGAAUACCUCGACAUCUGUGAGGAGAUGGGCUACGUGAAGCCAAGCGCCUUCCAGGGCCAGUACAACCUCCUAUGUCGCGGUUACGAGACGACUUUGUUCCCUCUUCUUCGCAAGCAUGGUAUUUCCUUCGUGGCAUACUCCCCCUUAGCCGGGGGCAUGCUAACAGGAAAGGUCACCCUGUCGAGCAACAACCCUGACGCGCUCCGAGGGACUCGCUUUGAAGUCUCUAAAGAUAAUCUCAUGGGAAUGGCAGGCAGGAACUGGUAUGACAAGCCGGUUUUCCACGAUGCGAUCCGCAAGCUCGAUGUUCUUUGUAAAACUCACGGAGUCGACAUGACUGAUGCUAGCAUGCGGUGGGUAUUACACCACUCGAUCUUGGACGGAGAGAAGGGCGAUGGUGUUAUUAUCGGUCCUCGAAGCCGGCACCAGUUGGAUAGCUACGCUGCCGCUAUUAAGGGAGGGCCACUGCCGCAAGGUCUCGUUGAGGGCAUGAACGAUCUUUGGGAAAAUGUAGCAGAUGAUGCCGCACCAAUCCUUGUCUAUUAG